AUGGACCUCUCCCUCGUGAAGUCGCUGUCGCACAUGCGACGGAGCGAGUCGUGGCGGGGCUUCGCGCGCGGCGUCGGCGGCGUCGUGCGGCGCGUCGGCUCCGUUAAAAAUCUCGUCGGGAAGAGCGCGCGAAGCUCGACCGCGACGCCGCUGGACUGGUACUGCGUCUUCGGCGUGCAAGCGCUGUCCAUGGUGUCCAUACUCAGCACGACGUACAUAUUCUCCACCGCGGUGUUCAUGUGCAAGUUCUGGGGCGCGAGAGACGACGCGGACGCGUCGCUUCGCGCGGGCGUCGUCAUCGCCGCGAAACCGGCGUUCUCCGCCAUCUCGUCGUAUCCGUGGGGCAUCGCCGGCGAUAAGGCUGGAUUCCGCGCGACGAUGCUCCUGAGCGCGUUCGCGACGAUGCUCCUCACCGCGGCGUUAGGGUGCGUGCGCUCCUUCGCGUGGGCGGUCGUCGUCCGCGCCGCGUCCGGGCUGUUCGACGGCGUCAUGACAAACUCUCGGAGCUGCAUGGCGAAGAUCAGCGACCGGACCAACGCCGCGCGCGCCUUCAGCACGUUCGGGAUAACCUACGGCCUGGGAAGCACGAUCGCGCCGACGCUGAGCGCGUUGCUCGCGUACCCGUGCGGCGGCGGUAGCGGUGUCGUGGAAGAUGGAACGUCGACCGACACCGACGCGGGGCUGUUCGACGAGGACGAGUGCCCGACGCCGUACUUUCGCGACUACCCGUUUUUUUUGUCGAGCGCGUGGGUGCUCGUCGCGGGGGCGAUGCUCUGGACGUUCGCGUUCGCGUACUUGCGCGUCCCCGGGGAGAGCGCGCGUAAAGACGGCGCGGCGCGCGGGGGGUACGAUAGGAUAGACGACGAGGGCGGAGAUGGGGAGGGAGAGAUUGGCGUCGACGUCGAACGCGGCGGCGGCGGUGGCGGCGGCGGAAAGGGCGAGGGCGCGGAGGUUGAGAUGUCCGCGGCGGCGACGAGCGCGCGUCCUCGGAAGCAGCGGGGCACGCCGGAGAAGGAAGACGGCGAGGGGUUGCUGCCGGACGUCGGCGCGUGCGAUAGCCCGCGAUCGUCCGCGAGCGAGAGCUCCGUCGCGGUGGUGAGAAUGGACGGGGAACUGGCCAACGCGGACGCCGCGGACGCGCCGGCGACGGUCGUCGCGGAGACCGAGGACGACCGCGCCGAGGCCGAGACGAGCGCACUUCUCCGCGGCGGCGACGGACCGGACGAUGACGCGGACACGGAAACCGAAGAAGAUGAAACGUCAACCGACGCGGAGGCGACGCCGUGGCACGAGGAUCGCACGAUCAAACUCGCGGUGAUCAAUCAAGUCGCGUGCACGUUCGCGAUCCUCACCGGCGCGGAGCUCACGCCGAUCUGGAUGGCGACGAGACGCGAGAACGGCGGCUUGGGGUUCAGCGCGAUCGACAUCGGUAUCUUCGGCAGCGUCAUGGGCGUCUCCAUAUUGCUCUUCUCCGCGUUUCUGUUUUCGUAUUUGUCGGACAGAUACGGCGCCACGCGAAGCGUGACCUGGGCGCUGUUCCUCAACGGCGUCGUCUACCUCGCGCACCCGCUCGCCGCGUACGCGAUCAGAUCCUCGCGAGCGCUGACGUGGACGCUCAUCGUGGUGUUCGCGAUGUGUCGCGGGUGCAUGGGCCCGGUCGUGAUGGGCGGCGUGAGUUUGAUCUUGAAUAACUCGUCCCCCAGAGGCAAACUCGGCGCGGUGAACGGAUUCAGCGGGGCGUUUACGAACGUCGCGCGCGCCGCGGCGCCGAUAUUAUCGGGGGGGCUCAUCGCCGGGAUGGUCCACGCAACGCGGGAGCUGAGACGAAGUAAAAGCGAAGACGGCGACGACGUGAAGGGCGACGUCGCGCUGUUUUUCGCGGAGGGGUUCAACCCGACGUGGUGGCCGUUCACUUUGCUCGGCGUCGCGAUGUUUAUCCUCGCGAGGUUUAGCGGCGCGCUGCCAAAGUCGCUGGACUUUCCGAACCCGAAACAGUGAGGAAGUACGGUAGUAACACGGCAGUAGGCCUUAGUUUACAGUAGUCGAUCGCACCGAGUGCGAGUGAAGCAUGCGAAUUGGUUUU